ACAACUGCAAGUCUGGGAAGGAAACCGGAAAGAAAACUCGUCCAUUGCGCCUGUUGUUUCUGCCAAGUUCUUAAAUUCUUAAACGAGUCCCUACACACUACAAGAUGGGUAGGGAGGACAAGGCAACUUGGAAAUCGAAUUACUUCAGCAAACUUGUUCAACUCCUUGAAGAUUACCCAAAAUGUUUCAUCGUGGGCGCAGACAAUGUCGGCUCAAAGCAGAUGCAACAAAUCCGCAUUUCCCUCCGAGGCACAGCUGUUGUCCUCAUGGGCAAGAACACCAUGAUGCGUAAAGCGAUCAAGGGUCACUGCGAACGCAACCCUGCCCUUGAGAAACUACUCCCUCGCAUUAAAGGAAACGUGGGUUUUGUAUUCACCCGUGCAGACUUGGUGGAAGUCAGAGAUAAGCUUCUUGAGAAUAAAGUUCGUGCACCGGCGCGUGCUGGCGCUAUCGCACCAUUGCCGGUCGUAAUUCCAGCCCAAAACACCGGGUUGGGUCCCGAGAAGACAUCUUUCUUCCAAGCCCUUUCCAUUCCCACUAAAAUCUCUAAGGGUACUAUUGAAAUCAUCAACGAUGUCCACAUUUUGAAACCUGGGGAUAAAGUAGGAGCUUCUGAAGCUACUUUGUUGAACAUGCUCAACAUUUCGCCAUUUUCGUAUGGUUUGGUUGUUGAGCAAGUGUACGAUUCUGGCACUCUUUUCGCACCUGCGAUUUUGGACAUCAAACCUGAGGAUUUGAGGGAGAAGUUCUUAGCGGGUGUUGCCAAUGUGGCGGCUGUUUGUUUGGCUGUUGGGUAUCCAACUAUUGCUUCCGCUCCACACAGUAUUGCCAAUGGAUUCAAGAAUCUUUUGGCUAUUGCUGCUGUUACUGAAGUUGAGUUCAAGGAAGCUUCAACUAUCAAAGAGUACAUCAAGAAUCCAAGCAAAUUCGCAGCUGUUGCUGCUCCCGCCUCAGCUGCCCCAGCUGCGGCUGCUCCUGCUGCUGCGGCUAAAGAAGAAAAGAAGGAGGAGUCUGAAAGCGAGGACGACGAUAUGGGCUUUGGUCUCUUUGACUAAGCUCAAGGGAAAAAAGGUUUUGUUUGCAUCUGCAGCCAGACUGUCUAAUAAAAGAUGAAACAAA